AUGACAAGACCCCUACAUAGGCUUUACCCUGUGGAAGUUGAAUCACAAGUGCGGGAAGAGCGUCAGAACAGCAACACUGAUUUUCCUAUUACCUUCGUGGAAAAUGCUGAACAGGAGCGUGUUAGUGAACAUGAAGAUUAAGUCAAAGAAAGGCGAACUCUUUUGCUUUCAUGAGGGGGGUGAAUAGGGGUAUGCAAAUCCGCCGAUGCGUGGCAUUUUUAGGCCCGAUCCGUCGAUCCGACUUAAUUUUUGUUCAAAUCCGAAUCCGCGUUACUUUAAAAAGUUUUCGUGGUAUAUAGAAAGUAGCGUUGUAGCAUGAAAAAAUGAAUUACUUAAUAUAGUUAUUCUGUAAUCGCAACAGAUGCGGGACUUCAUGUUUAAAAAGUUUUCGUUACAGCUUCAAGACAUUAAGCAUAAAGGACAGAGCUUAUAAUGUUUCUUUCAACAAUACAUAUUUGACUAAUCAAAUAGUCUGCAAGCUUGCAAAAUGAAACUAUCUGGAAUUGCGUAUAAGAUUUUUCAAUAAAUUUGCUUGCUGACAUCACUUUGGACAUGCUUCUUAUUUAUUAUUAUUUAACAGGGGGUUCAUUAAGGGCCGGGCACCGGGCAAAUUGACCGGCUGUGAACACGACUUUGCCCGGCUGCUUUACAUCUCAAAGAACUUCUUUUUAAUACAAGGAACGAUCAAAAACAGUUUUAAGUUACAAUAGUGCCCUUUUCUUGAUGAGUCUAAUCGAGUGUAAAACAUACUUUGCCGUGCAAUUUCCACUUUAUUACACGCGGCAUGAAAUCCCCUCGUUCGUUAUGUGUUAAAAAGAAGAAUCGCCCGAUAACACAUAAUGAAAAGAACUGUCUUUCAUAAACGACCACCUGAAAUGUAUCAGUGUUGCGAGCACGUGAACAUGGCGGCCCAGAAAAGAACGCGUUCGAUAGCAGAUUAUUUUUGGGCUUCAACCAAAGGGCCUCCAGUAGAGAAAAGGCCAAGAGGUGAGUAGACUUCUUUGUGAUUUAACCUUUUACUUGCCUGUAUAUAUUGAAUGGCUCAAUUAUCAUGUUCAACGAAGCGAAGCGUCAUUUGUUUUCGUUUUAUGGUUUACGCCAAUGAAUUAAUUUUCGGUGCGUUCACGUUAAAACAGUGAUCCUCCCGUCUAGUCAUUGAAAUUUUAAAGAUAAGUUGUUAAACUAAUACUUUUGUGAUUCAAAUCAUGAUUAAAUUGUCUAGAAAAGUGAUCUUUUUUUGGUUGUUGAAAGUCAUUGUCUGCAGCUUCAAAAUGCAGGAAAACACAUCCCUGCGACUAUAGAAUUUCCAAAUUUUCCGGGGGAAUAUGCCCCCAGACCCCCCUUGGGAGCGAGGCCCUCCGGGCCUUGCCAAUUCUUUGCCCGGGUGUCAAACUCAAUUGCCCUCCUGUUCAAAACCUUAAUGAACCCCCCUGCUUCUAGUGGAGCCGCAAAAUUCGGAAGAGGCAGAACUUAACUUAUGGUAAUUUGCUUACCAGUUAGUAUUUUCCAUGGUUCAUCUUUUGCCGUGUUUGCCCUCAACCAAGAUGGCGACAGAAACCGUCAAAAGGUCUAUUAAGUUAACGAUCAAGACAAGCAAACUAGCUGAAAUAGCUUCGAAGAAUAUAAUUUAUAUCAGUUCAUGUAUAAACCAAAUAUAAAACUUACCGAACGGGCUCGCCUACCUUCACCACACUUCCCCACUGACUGGAAUCGACGGAGCAUCGAAACUUACUUUUUUGAAUAAAGUCAUCGCCUUUAGCACCUUCGUGGUAGACAAAGGCUACACACUCGAUAGUUCCCUAGUUUCCAUUUUGCAAUUUAGACAAUUUACACGAACGCAUUCACAGAUCUUGUCAGGUCACUUAGCAUUACCGCCAUUACCUGAACCAUGUGUCACCAUGCAGGAACCAUGCACAAGGUUGCCUGACGUCAUUUCCGUCACGCUGUCUAUACUGGAAUACAUGUUUUUUGAGUCGGGUAACGAGAAAGUCUCUUCCGGAAACCUCGGAAGUGGAACGUUAACCGACAAAACACCAGCACAUUGACGAAGGCCGACCGAAAGUUGAUGAUCCGAUCCACGAUCCGAACUUCUAGACUGACAGAAUCCGGAAACCGGGCCAAAACUUUCAGCUGAUCCUCGAUCCACGGUAUUUUUAAAAUCCGCGAAUCCGCUCGAUUUAUCGCCGAAAUCCACAAUCCGUGAGCUUUUUAAGGCCAAAUCCGCCGAUCGGCGGACCUAUUCACCCCCCUCUUUCAUUCGUUUCGUUUGUUGAUUGACCUGUGUCAAUCAAGGCAGGAAUUGCAUUAGAAAAUUAUUGCGUCAUUGUGGCGGGAAAACUCGUCACGUGAUCUGAAAAGUGAACUUUGCACUAGAGACUAGGAACUGCGUAGUCGUUCUGAGUUGUGGAGCUGAUCGAGCGUCUUGUUUGAGUGUAGAUCAUCGAAACUUUACGUGAAUUGAUGUCGAUGAAUCCUUUAAGUGUAGAACAGAGUACAGAAUUCUAAAAUAUGAACAUGUGAAGAAAUAUACUUUCAAGCUAAGGGAGUGAAGAAUUAAAGCUACAAAGAACUGAUUGUAUCCAGUGUGUAUCACACAUAAUUUGUGACUCGCCCCCAAAAUUGUUUAUGACAAUCCUUUGCUUUGUAGCUUUAGUUUACAAUUGAUAUUUUUUCAGAACAACCUUUUUAAGGAAAUUAUUCGACAUCAGAUUCUAAUAGAAACACUGUAAUUUCUCACACGUUUGCCUUACUCGUCAAGAUUGCGUCGAAAACCAUGAUAACGUCUAUUGGUUUUCAAUGUUAUGUAGAGAAAAAAAAACCGAUUUUCAAAGUAAAAACUGAAUAUUGACCAGACAUUCCACAAAGACUAGAAAGUAGCCUAUUUUAAAUGGACUUGAUGCUAUCUGAUGAGUCUAGAGACGUUAUUCAGGCUUCAGCACGACUCCACUAGCCUAAGUGGUUAGCGUGGAAACCUUAGGAAACAAUCGCGGUCGAUUACAAACUAAAAAAUACACCCUAAUCAUUCGAACGUUAUGAAAUCAUUCACAACAAGCUAUUUUGUAACUUCAGUUCUCAAGGAGUCUGGAAAAUGCUACAUGGGAAACUUUUUAUGGUUGGACAGGGACGAAUCGCGAUAUAUCAUGUCCCAGUGUUGAAUUAAAGGGUGUGACAACAAAAUAAACACAAGAAGCACGUUCAGGAUAAGCACAGGAUAUGACCUUGGGGUGUGAAUCAGAAAUCCUUCAAAAAAAGGUUUAUGUUUGAUUUCGGGGGUCACAGAUUUAACGUUUUUAAAAGCCCUGAGUAAGCCCCACUCAUAGCCAUCAGUAGCCCCUUUAUGCACGUGAUCGUUUAAACGCGGAACGGUCUAAGAACAUUUUUGAUCCCGCACCUUCCAUCAGACCUAACCUCCCUUAUAUCUCAGCAACCGAGAAAAUUAUUCACAGUCUAGGAGGAUUGAUUGAAAUGAUAAUUGUUUUGGUGUUAUCUUUGGAGCACGGUUCACGUCGCUUUUGUGAGAAAGUGGAGGAAGGGCGGUGAAGCCUGCGUUUAUCCGCCUUUUUUAAGAUGAGGGGAUAUGUCAACAGACUUGUGACGGAGUGUGUCACGGAGUGUGACAUUCAUAUACGAAGUUGACACUUUAAACUGACCCUGUUGUGGCGCGGGCGCGAAAGUGAGAGGGAACAAGGAAGCUUGAAAAUUGAUGACAUAAAUGUGGGCAAUACCUUCCAUCCGCCGGUUAUUUGGACAUAUUUUUAAGCGAUUACGCAUUCGCUGAAUUUAUCGUCUGCUUGUCUAGGAUCUGCUGGAUUUAUUUUCUCUAAAAAGUCAAUGGCGUACAAACUUCUUCUUCUUUCAGACUGGUUAAUAUGCCUCGUGAACCACACGAUGUUCCAGACAACUGCCUAGCACAGCCGAACUGGCUAGAAUAAGUCAUCGAUGUACACACUUUUCUAAUCUUUGCAAGGAUGGCCAAAUCGAAGAGUUCUUCGUCUUUGGUUUCAGUUUUGUAUGCCAUCGCUUUCGUACGUGAGGCAUGUGUUUUGUUGAUGAGCGUGAUAUUCAUUAGAUCAGCUGGUGAGUAUAAACUUGAGUUAUGAUGUUCUUAAUUUGAAUUUUGAUUUUUAUAUAUGUCGUCGGCAAAUACUAAUAAUAAAAUGAGAUGUGUUUGCUACAUUUUAUUCGUAAGUGCGACACGUCUUUUAUUUACGAAUAACUAACCAGAAUGAACAGUAUGAGUUAAGAUUCAGAAAACACCCAAUUUAAUUAGACCUAUUUAUUAUUCAUAGAGUUCGCUGUUUGUUUAUAACAAGGAACGAGAGGUUUACUUAAGCUUAAAUAUGGCAUGCAUACGUUUUGUGUGGUAUUGCGCGGGUUUUUGUCCUGGUUUAUGGUUUCCCUGUGUUUUACACACGGUUAAGUACAUAUAAUUAUUCAAAAACGAUAAAAAAAAAAGCGAUUUACAGGCAAUGUCCUUUUUAUUGAAAUUUCUUGAUAGAUUUUCUCUGUCUGAAUUUAAAAACAGUCGAGUUGGGUAGUAACUGUUAAAUACCCUGCCAUGAUGACUGUGACUGAAUGUUAGUAAUUCAGUACUCUCUGGAAAUGCCUUAGCCUGAGAAAACAGCCAACAUUUGGCGAUGCUACCUCUGGUUUCCCCGCCAAAUGACGUCUGAGAAACGAGUGCAGAAAUUUCAUACUAAUGAUGCGUACUUCUGAUUGAUUGAAUCAAAUUUCCCAGGUGGCACGACCAAUCAGAAGCACUACCCAGAUCUUGGUAGUGAUGCAUCAUCAUUAUGGAAUUUUUGCGCUUGUUUCUCAGAUGUCAUUUGGCGGGGAAACUCAGGGUUGUCAAAAUGCGCCGCGACCGGCGCUAUCGCCGGCUACUUUGUACUUUUCACCGGCUGUUAAUUGUUGGAGAAAAUAGAAUAGAAAAAGAAAUUGUUUUCAUCAUGCCCUGAAUGUUCUUUUUCAUGAUUUUUAAGAUGUGUUCUAAUCCACUCCCACUUAAUAGUUCUUUCCAUACCCAUAAUAAUUAUGAUACUGCGAAGCGAAUAAAAAUAGCAUUGAUGCAUGCAACGGGUUUUGUUUAGGUAGUCUUUAAAGAAUCCUUUGUUUAGAGUGAAGAAUAAAAGACACCUGAAAGCUUUUGAGUGGUUUUUCGAACUCAUCUGGCACGAGUUUGCAUUUGAAAUUGAAAGAAGUCAUGCAAUAUAUUAAAGUACCUAUCUUAUAUGAAACUGGCUGACAAACAUGACGCAUUUGAAAACAUUGGUUAAUUUGUCAGACGUGUAGAACAUCGUUUAAUUUUUUUUUUAUGGGUUGAUGCUAAAAAAAGAGAUGUGCAUGGUACAUGUGUAUCUUCCAAGGAAAGUUGUCUGAAACUUCAUUCUUAUACGGAAAGUCGCCCGUAAGAAAGGGCUUUUAAUUCUGCAUCAAAGUUUGACUUUCGCACGUGCUGAUAACGCCGAAUGAAUAUUCCCACUCUUGGUAUCCAGUUACACUAUCUCAAUCCACAUGUGGUCUUGGGAAACUUGUAUUCAGAGUUUGUGUGGGAAAAUGGCUAAACAACAGUCCUCUCUGGUCAACAUUUUAGCAAAAUUAGCAAGAAGUGAAGAAGUGGUGUAGGUUUGUUGAUAUUUUGAUGCAAAAGUGUUCUAAAGUAAAAUAGUUUUUGAUGACCAGCAGUUAAGUUUUCUCUUUGCAGUGAUUUUACGUCUGUUUUUUCCUUUGCUUGACUGUGAAAGUGAUCAUGAUUUUUGGUAGCUUUCAUGCAAAUGUUUCAUAAAUCUUAUUAUAGCAUUACUGAAUUGGUUUGUAUUAAUAUUACAUGUAAUUGUGAAUUUUGUAGUUAUUUGAAUCCUUCUGCUUCCCUAUGAAUAUGAUAAAUUAUUUGAUUGAAGACAAGUACACCCAUACAGAAUCUAAUUUAUAAUAGUGAAUUAAUUAAGUCACACAACUUGGUCACUCUUAAUAAACUAAAGAAAUGAUCUGUUAUCAUUAAAAAAAUGUUACUGUCAAAUAAUAAACAUUAUUAUUGUUAACAAAAAAAUAUGGAACUAACAUGCACUAGGAUAUGGCAUCUUAGAAAAUAAUGAAAUCAAAAAUAAAAAAAAGAUGAUUGAUGAUUUUCGUUCAAAAACAGAUACUCAGGGUUGUUAGCAUUGCUCUCAGGAGAGCCAAUUUCAGCUAGCACAAAAACCUCAAAUCCAUUUUGCUCCCGUGGCCUUCGCCCCUUGGAACCCCAACAGGGCGCUGCCCCUGUAACCCACUGGGGGCCCGGGACCCAGACCCCAAGACCCCCUCACCUCCUGCCUGGUGGGGGCUCCGGCCCCCAGUGCCGCGUACUUACUUGUAUUCUCCUGCCACUUGAAAUCAUUUUGACAAGCCUGGAAACCAGUGGUAGCGUAGCCAAAUGUCAGCUGUUUUCUAAGGCUAGAUAUACAUGUAUAUUGAUCAAGGAGAUGUUAUCCACUUAGGCUUAAGGCUGAUCAGAUCUGCUUAAUUUAGUCUUUUUAUCAUACAGAAGCUGAAUGCAAUUAUUGUUUUAUUAUUCGUUCAACGUUAAACUCCCCUUCAAAAUUUCUCCAAAGCAUAAUUGCUGUGUUUGUCAACUUCAGGAUUUAUGUUUUUUGUUUUUUUCCUCACGCAUAUACUUCUCCAAAAAAACUGACGUCUAUAGGGCAAUGGCAUAUUGAAAUUCUCCUGUUCAGUUUUGGUUGAAAAUUCAGCAACUUCGUGUUUGGGUAGCCGUGAACUCUUUCAACAUUAGUUUGAGUUUACUCACGCAUAAACAGCUAGGCUUAAGGCCAUCUGACACCACUGCCUGGAAACAAGGUUGCCCUUUUAUAUUGGGGUAAGAACUCAUCAAAUCAGUUUGAGGGGAUUGGAAACUUUAGAAAAACAGCAAAAGAUAUCAGAUAUGGCUCCAAUCUCCCCGUCUCCUAUAAAGUUCCCGCGGUACACAUGAGUAAGUUACAAUGCAUUCAAAAUAGUGCUGCUCGGCUUGUAUGCUCAACUCCGAGGUUAAUCAUAUUACACUCGUCUUAUUUUCUUUGCAUUGGCUACCUGUUGCCUACCCUACCGAGUUUAAAAUCUUAGUUUUAACGUUUAAAGCAAUAUAUCGACUUGCGCCAUCCUAUAUCUGCAAUCUAGUUCGAUUAAAGGAGAAAUGUAAAUACCAGCUUCGUUCUUCUGAAGAACUACUAUUGCAGUUGCCCAUGGGAAAAACAAAGAAAACUCUGGGCAACACAUCAUUCCAAAUAGCUGCCCCUGCACUGUGGAACAGUCUGCCUGCAAGUGUCAGAGACAUCGAUAACUAUUUGGUUUUUAAACGAACAAUAAAGACUUAUUUAUUUAGGAAGGCUUUUGCCUGUUAUAGUUAGACUGAUAGAUUUUAGAUUAUAUAUUUUAGGUAUUUUUAAGUAUACUUUAUUGCAAUUAUUACAGGUUGUAAGGCGCAUGUGAUCAUAUUCAAAUGUUAAUUUGUGCCUCGUAAUAAGAAAUAAAUUAUUAUUAUUAUUAUAUCUCCUGUCACCAAAUCUUAGAAAAAAUCAACUUUUGAGAUUGUCUGCUCUUUAGUUUGGAAGUUUAUAGCCCAUUUUUCCCCAAACUUGGAAACAUUUUUUUUUCAGAAAGCUUUGAAUUCAUUAACACAACAGAUCCAAUUGCUCGACGGGUGGUACUAGAAUUCAACAAGACUGCAGUUAAUCAGUCAAUCAGCUGUCGCACAGAUGACCCAAAUGCUUCUACAACAUUGUUUUUCAAUUUUCAAGAACAACCUGUUGGUGGCAGAAUUUUGUUAGAUAAUCAAGUCUAUACCAUUUAUGGUGUUAAGAAGACUGAUGCUGGGUAUUACCAAUGUAAGGCUACAAGCAGUCACGCGGGUGUUGGGCCAAUUGAAUCUGAGACUGUGGUUCUUAUCGUUCAGGAAGGUAAAUGGCUUUCAUGUCUGUUUUUCCCAAUUACUGGUCAGUGUAUGUGGAAGAGGGCGAAAUCAUUGUGUACUCUAAGGGGCUAUCCAUAUGAUACCAGAAUCACUCAUUCUAUCUUCAUAAUUAUUUCUCUUUAUUUGUUUACAUGAUACCAAAAAAACAUAUCGUUUCUGUACAAGUCAAUCUGGUUUUCUUUCCCAAUGAAACUGUCGUUCACAUUUGAAAUUUCAUUUUUGCAUCAUGUAUUAACUGAAAACAAAUUUCGUUCCAGAUUUAAAAUUGCAAAUAAUGUGUAGUCUGUAGCGAGUGGCGCAUGUGUAUCUGAACUAGUUUUAUUAUGUGAAUGCAGAAUUAACUUUACUCUGGAACAAAACUCAUUCUGGAAUUAAAGUCAUUCCAGUAUCAUAUCAGUUUUAAUAAUCAGUCACUUACAUUACAAAGUACAAAAAAAUAAGUUUUAAAAAUUCAAAUACUCUUUUUAUUAUUUCCAACCCAAAGAGGUUUUUCAGGGGAAUAAUUACUCAAUACAAUACAUGCAACUCCUCAAAAAGUGAGGUUUGUAUUGUUGUCCAAGUUUGAAUUCGCAUUAUGCAUGGAACUUGCAUGGGUAAAUGAGCAGCAAGUGAAUGCCAUUUCACUGUAUUUCUGUCAGUUUGGUUGGUCUCUGCUGUUGCGUAGCAACAAAACCAUAACAAAACAAACUUGGCCUAGUUUGUUUUAUGUGCAUAUGUGGAUGCUAUGCUCCUGAUGUAGUAAUUAUGUGACAUAACAAUGUUUUUACUACUUUAAUAUUUUGCACUGACAUUUUCAGUUUGUUGUCAUCCAGAAAUUUUGCUACCAUGGCAUUGUAAAGUAACAACUUAUCCUCUCUACAGUGCAGGCUCCAGUUGUUCUAGGGGGAGGGGGUGUUGGGGGGUUUACUCCCUUAUAUAGGCUAUAUUGGUAUGUGCAGCAACAAAGGGUAUGGUGUUUUAGCCAUUUUGGUCUGAAAUAGGGUAUCAAUUUUGACCAUUUUGGUCUGAAAUAGGGUAUUGGUUUGUGCACUCUAGUCUUGAAUUGGGUUUUUUUUUUUACUAACAUUAAUUAGGUAAGUAGAAACGUAUUCUGUACUUAUGAUGGCACAUUAUGCAACCUGCUUUGUAGUGUGGAAUUUUAAGCUCGAAACUUUGUACAAUAUAAACAUUGCCUUUAACAUUUGUCUGACCUAGGGAACUGAUUAUAACUAAGGCAGGUGUGGAAUAGGGUAUCAAAUGUUUGAUCAGGUCUGAAAUAAGGUUGGGAAAAAUCACAGACUUGGGUCUGAAAUAGGGUAAGGGUUUCAGGAAGCAUGCCACAAACUCCCACCCAAUUUUUCUGGAAGUAACCCCCGCCCUGGGGCGAUAGUGCUAUCCAACUUUUGAACAACUGGAGCCAGGUCCUAAACAGGGUUGUCACUAAGAUUUCAAGUUGCUGGGUAAAUACAACAAGUAGGUGGGGAAUCAAACGGCUAGGGAUUUCUUUUGGUUCUAUUUUUCUUAUACUUUCCAAUAAAAGUAGCUGGGGGCAACUCUCUUAGUAGCCGGGGAAAAUCCCCGGCCCCCGGCUCUUAAUGACAACCCUGCCUAAAGGUGUUCAUCUGAGAGGGAGUUGACUGCAGAGUGUAUAGAUUUUUUUUUUGUCUAUUUAAUUCGUUUUUGAAACCCAAUCCUUGUUUUUUUGUUAGAGAUGACCCCGUGCUGUCCUGACAUCUAUCCUUCCUCUGCUAUUUUGAGGCCUGGAGAGAAUACAAGUUUUGCUUGUCGUGUUAAGAUGAGAAGUGGUCGCUUUGUUUCCCUAGAAAAAUACCUUGAUUUUACAUGGUACAGGAAAAAUGGAUCAAGCUAUGUGAAAAUUUCUGACAGUGAAACACGCAGAUAUAAUGAAAGUUGCUCACUUUUAAUGAUUAAAAAUGCCAAGGUUACUCCAGUUGGCGGAGUGUAUUACCACUGCGAGAUAUUUUAUCGGGGAAACAAACUAAAGAAUAGCAAGACUUAUGAUGCUGGUUUGGUGGUUCAUGGUAAGUUGGUAUUAUUUUAUGUUGGUUAUCCUGUGGUUUAUCCUUGGUAUCCCGUGGUUUCCCAUGGGAAAACAGCCAAAGUAAUAAAUUGAGUGUUAAUUUAAUAAGUUGUUUCCAGUUUUCUUGUAAACUGAUAUUUAUGGAGGGGUAAAGUGCGUGUAAGCUUGUAAAAUUAAUUUUGUAUAAAUAUGCUUGUGGCUAUAAAUUGCUUGUUGUUCUCCGCUAAGAUAUUUUGCAUUCUAAGGAAGUGUUUUCGCUUAAAAAUUGCGGGAAAACCGUCUCCAUAAGAGUAAAGACACUUGGAAGUUUAUUACAAAUUUAGAAGUGUCAGGACAUGUUACUAGGGAAAAAGCCCUACUUCCGGUCGAGACAUGCGUCGCUCAAAAACACCUUUGCUCAAGCUUCCUUUUGUUAGACUAUUCUACUCUUCUACACCUUUGAGAAGUAUAGAACUAAGUGUAAAAACUCUGAAUGUCAUGGCCAGGGCUAGACAGUGCAAAAAUCAAGAUGGUAAAUGGGUACCCUUUUCACCUUGAUGACACCAUAUGACAUGUACUAAUGCCUUAGAUUCAAAGGCCGCCUUCACAAUUGCGUUUUUCGCUGCCGUCGAUCAUAAUUGUGAUCACAAGCAACGAACCUUGAAACACAGAAACACACAAAAUGGAUUGAAAUCCACUAAUCACAAAUCACAAACCAUGACCUUUUGAACCCGUUGAAGAAAAGUUCUGUUUCCUAAGAGGUCCACUGAAAUGAUUGACGGCAGCGAAAAACGCAAACGCCGUUGGCUUUUGAACUUCGGUAUUCGUGUUUCUUUGAAAAGUGUAGUAACAGAUUUCCGUUUUAACGGAUCUGUACUUGUUUUUAACAGAUUUCAGUGCAACAAGGAUUGAGUAUUGCAAAGUUCACGGCGGAUUGUCUGUGGUUCAUGAACCAAAAGGAGUGGACUUAAGAUGUAAAGCAGAUGGCUAUCCACUUGCAACAAUAAGAUGGUUUCACAAUGGAACCGAGAUCCCAUUGUGCAAAAAUGAAACUUCCAGUACUGGCUGUGUCGGAGGGCGCUAUCAAGUAAAAGAAGAUCGCAACAGAAAGUUUGCUUACGUGGAAAGUUCUCUAAUGAUAAAAAACACAAAGUACCCCAGAGAUCAUGGGAACUACACCUGUGUGGGAAACAAUAGUGAAUUGCAAAGUGCAACAAAAGAUGUGGAAAUUUCUGUUUACUGUAUGUCAUGUAGAAAUCUAGCUUUAAUAGUAAUAUUCAGGGUUCAAACGUAGUUUUUUUGGCCUACUCUUCCAACAAUUCCUUCUAAAAAAAGUAGUAAAUUAACGAACAACUUUUUUUGGUUUGAGGUCAAGACCAACCUGAAAAAGGUGGUUUUUAUCCAUUUUCAUGCAACACCAAAAAAAAAAUUAGAAAAGGUGGCUACAUGUACGGAAUUGCAAACGUACUUUCAGUGCUAAUCCGGUAGAGCUCAAACGCACACUCAGAUUUAGUGCACGUACUAGGUUUAACAUAGAACCAACCACCAAUAAUCCCGUUUUCUUUCACGAGUAUAGUAAUAUUCAAAGCAUGGGCAAACGGCUCAGUUUUCAAGUCAAAGAGAUAUGCUAUCUUGGAUGAUGAUAACUUGAGAAAACAGUCGACAUUUCGAGACGCCACCGCUGUUUUUCCCGCCAAAUGACGUCUGAGAAACGAGCGCAGAAUCCCAUUCUGUCGACGUGUCAUUACCCAGGUCAUGGGUAGUGCUUCUGAUUGGUUGAGAAUUUGCUUCUGCCAAUCACAAACACUACCUUGGUACAUAGUACAUAGAAUUUCUGCGCUCGUUCCUCAGCCGUCAAUUCGCGGGGAAACCAGUGGUAACUUCGGGAAAUGUUGGCUGUUUUUUUUUUUCAGUCUAUUUAAUGUCAAAAAUAAUUUUGAUAUUCAACCUGAGUAUGUGGAUUUGCGUGAUUUGGUCAAACAGGCGAGAAAUACUGGGCAAAAAAAGUAAAUUUGGAAUGAAACAACACCAACUGUAUUUCUGUUUCCGCCAGUGAAGUAAUUGAAUGCCGGCGGACAUGUAGUUCAGAAAACAAUGGUUUGCCUUACUGUUAAUUGCAGUUCUUAGCCAGGUCUAAGGGACAAAUGGUUUAACUAUUAUUUAAGUGAAGAAUUAUUUUGUGCUGAUAAUUUCUUACCAGCUCCACCCACUUUGGACAAAAUCAGAGAAAUUUGGUACACGACUACAGUAAUAAAUUGCAAGGUUUCCCGGACCAAUCCACCGCCUACAUUCAGAUGGCAACAUCAGAGUGGACUCUGUUUAAAUGACAACCGUGAAUGUAAGCCGUCAGAUUCAAAAUGGCAAGACGUCUCAGUUCCCUUUUCUGUGUCUCCAGCCGUGGACGUAGCAACUGGUGUAAGCAAGCUUACCUUCCCUCAGAAUUUACAAUCUGCGUUUUUCCGAUGUGUAGCUACCAAUGCGAUGGAUUUUGAUGAUUAUGUCAUGAGGUUCUUAGGUGGUAGGUUGAUUUACUUUUUUCACCUCAAUAUGCUUGAUUGGCUAGCCUGAGAAUAGAGCCGCCUAUCCUCGCUCCUUGCCGUAAACGUUCCUAGUGGCGACGAGCGAAGAGAGCAGCUGUAUUCGCCGGCUGCUGCGCGACAGGUCCUUCAAAUAUGUUUGUUUGUUUGUUUGUUUAAUUUUGUCAACCCUGUAUUAUUAUCUGGUUUUUUGUUAUUUUUUUGCUGUUGUUGUUGUUGUUGUUGGUAUUGUCCUUUACUGUCUUUUUAUUCAAUUUAUUUUGCAAUGUUUUCUCUUGAAUCUUUAAAAGCAAGUUAAAAACAUGGUAGAUCGUUCUUUAUUAGCCUGUGAACAGGCCUUUGGUCUAUUUGCUAUUUUUUUCCCAAACAGAGAGCCUGUUCACAGGCUAGUUCUUUAUCGGUUCUUUUUAAAUAUUGUCAGUCAUUGAACUGCUGUACGUCAAUCAUCGCCUUAAUGUUAAUAUACUACAUACUGUAAGCAGAAAGUAUUUUCUCUUAUUUCGCAUUACAGGUUCUUACGAUAAACAAAUUAAAAUAAUCGCAAGACCUACAGAGCAUGACGAAGGCAACACUAUGACGCUUAGAUGUGAAAUGUUUUGGAAGGGCUCCAAUAUAACUUGGCGCAAAGAUGGCGAACAGCUGUCGCAUGCUGCCGAUAGGAGAGUGAAUAUCUCAUCAACAGUAAGAGCUCAUCUGACACAGACUUACUUAGUGGUGAAGAGAGUUGCGACAAAUGAUUCUGGAGAGUACACUUGUGGAGCAGAAGAUGACAGUGGACAGCACUUUACUGAUUCCAUAAACAUUACAAUCAAAAGUAAGUUGUAAAUCGUAUAUGCAGGCAUUCAUCAAUAGCUUUUCACAUUCGUGAAAACCAAGCUAAUUAAUUGGCUGGAGCGUAGCGCACAUGAUACGCACAUACGCCCGUGCGAACAGCUGAAAUCUGGAAAAAAAAACAUGUAUUUUUUAUUUCCUGAAAGCAUUUUUAUCGUUAAAUCUGGAUGAUUGAUAAAUCUGUCGCAUUAUAUUGGUGUCUUUGCCCGUCUGAAGGGAAGACGUCUCGCCUUUUUUUGUAACCUCCUUGAUGACUUCAGUUUUUUACCCCUUUGUCCUGUAAACACUGUACGUUACCGAUAACACUAGAUGUAUGUAAACUGUUGCCUUCGUUUUUUACUGAGGAUAUGGCAGUUUUGAGCCCCUAAAUUUAAAAACUUUUCUUGCGAAGCAGACCCCCCUAGUUUGCAGUACCUUGGGAGCUUUACUUUUUCGCCGAAAUCCUUGUUUGGGGCCUCCAACGGUCUCAAAGAAUUACCAGAAAUGCGUUUCGAAGUUCUAUUCAACCUGAUUGGCAAAUCGACAAUGGCUUUAUAACGGGCCAAUCAUGGCGCGUACUCACAUCCUGGUACACAGGUGGGGGGGCUAGAACAAGGAUUUUGGCGCAGUUUCACAGAAGGACUAAACCAAAGUUUAAUUUCGUCUGUGGCAAAGGCUACCCCAAAUGGAGAGCUUACUUGUAGGCUAAUUAAUUUUCUUCUUCCCUCACUAUUUCAAGUGUUGGCUUACUCUGUUGGAGUUGAAUUCCAGAGAGCCUCCAAGUUUUGAAAGAGGAAGAAAAGUUUCUUGUUGUUUGAUUUCACAUAGUAACCUACUCUUUUUACUCUUUUUUGUAUUCUGACAUUCUCGUUGCCGUCGCUGUCGUGACUUUUAAAAUUUAAAACUCCUUGAUAUUAAAUCUCGCUCACAUUGUGUCUCUGACUAGUUAAUUUUCCUUUCCUUGACAGAGGUUUUUCCGCCAACGAUUCUCAGUUUUUCGAACCAAACAGUGUACAAGAACACAACCGUGAAAUUGAGAUGCAACAUUUCUGCUAAUCCGGCUCCAACAGUUGAGUGGUUCAAAGACGGGAAGUCUCCUGAAGUGACACCAGUCAUUAUGGGAGAGUCGGACUCUUGCGAAAGCAGAAAGCUUCGUCCAGGUUUCUAUCAGGUGGAUAAUUAUGUUGGCCAGCUGUUGAUAUGUUCACCUUCACAUGCUGAUCGAACUGGUUUUUACACGUGUCAAGCUACUAACAGGCAAGGGACAAGUAAUGCCACGGCUUUCUUGGAUGUUUUGGGUAAGGGCUAAUUUAAGGACGGUUAAAUGAAUUUGUGCACUUAAAAUAAUACAGACUGGUCGUUUACUCCUCGCGCUGUAAAUGCUGUAUAUUGACCAUUUUCUGUAUAUUAAAAUCAACUUGAAGAAUAGAUUCUUUUGUUCUAUUUACCCCAAGCCUCAAAGCCAAGUAUGAAUUUAAAUACAGUGGAACCUCCAUGUGCGACCACCUCUCUUAAGUGACCACCUCCCAUCAGCGACUGUCAAUCCAAAACACCAAAAUUUUAAAUUUUCCCAAUCAAAGCCUUACAGUUGGAACCUCUAUGUAAACGACCACCUCCUGUACGCGACCGCGACCACUUUUUGGGCCUGACGGUUAAUGAUUUUCCAUUGUUUUUAACCCCUUGUAAGCAACCACUUGACGCAUUUUCUGAUCUGUAUUUUUGCUGUGCGCACUCUGUUACUUAGAAUUUACGAAGAAUCUUAGUGACGACAUGGAACUACAUGUACACAGUAUAUACUACCUUUGACAUUGCAUGCAAUAAAUUAUCUUCCAUAAAGUAGAUGUGCCUGGACCUCUUCGCGGAAGAGAACCCUCUGGUUCGAUUAUUGUAAACGACCACCUCCCGUUGGUCUCACUCGCGGCCGUUUUUUGGAUGUCACGCAACGCUCCCCCAAAUUGCGUGACAUCUAGAAAACGGCUGCGAGGGAGACUAACCUCCCGUAAGCGACAACUCAAUCUUGCAUUUUGGAUGUCGCUUAUGGAAGGUUCGAGCGUAUAUCAAAAUUAGUCUGUUGUUUCAAAUACUUCUUUAUUUAUGCAUUUAUUCAUUUGUUUAUUUAUUAUUUAGUUAGUCUGUUAGUUAUUUAGUUAUUUGCAGUAUUUAAACGUAGUACACGAUAAAACUAGCAAUCUACCGAGAAGAUAGGGAAACAAUGUGAUACGAACUCGUUUAAAAGUUACUCCAGCGCCCCCGCGUUCCAUUCACAAUGACAAAGAUUCAGAACAUUGGAAUAAUAACGAUAAAGCAAGUACAGUAUACUUAUACUUAUAGUAAGCUAUGACGUUGUAACAUACAUGCUCAAAAAAGAAGGGAGGGGAGAAACUGAUUGAGCACGACCACAAGGUAAUAAAAUUAAUAAUAAUAAUAAUAAUAAUAUUUUUUUAAUAAUAAAACAAAACUUUAUUCAUAGAUUUAAAAAAAUAGACUAUUUACAGAUUCAAGAAUAUGAAAUAUUAAAAUAUAUACCCUAUGUACAUUCUUCUUGUGUACGAAAGAGAAUUGUCGUAAAAUGACUAUCUAAAGACUACUAAUAACAAUUAUAAAAAGCAUCAAAAAGUUAAUAAAAAAAAUUAAAACUAUUUAAAAAUAAUAAUUCAAACUGAUAAAAAGUUACUACUUAAAUCUGGCUUGCGCACUUUCCGAUGUAAUGUCAAUAAUAAUAAUAAUAAUAAUAAUAAUAACGAUAAUGAUAAUAAUAGCCAAUGAAAACCAAAGUUAGCACCUUUUUCUGAGAGUAUUAGCAGUAACAAUAAGUAACUGAAAACAUUUCUAUAGCGCUUAUACAGAUUGUUCGAAGCGCUUCACAAUUCUCAACGUAUGAAAUAAAAAUGAAUAUAUUGAAUAGAUAAAAAAACGCUGACUGACAAAAAUUAAGGAAAAGAUAAAUGAAUGUGAAUCGAAUGAAGUAAUGAAAAUGAUGUGAACUGCGGAAAUACAAUUUUUUAAAAUUAAGAUAUGAUUAUCGUAGUGGUAAUUAAAUUAAUUGGAAAUUAACCCAAGAAAAUCCGAGAAGUGAAUGUUUUUUUUUUUAGCAAAAUGCCCUGCUCCCAGUGUAUGGGUCUUCAUGGCUCAAUCGGUUAGAGAACUGCAGCGCUAACGCAGAGGUCAUGGGUCCGAACUCCGUUCAAGUCCCAGAUUUUUUCUCGGAUUACUUUGCAAUUGGUUGAAUUGCAAUUACCACUGCGACGAUCAUAUCUUCAUUUAAAAACAAUUUGUAAUGUCGUAAUUUUAUUUGAAUCAGCCACGUCAAGUAAUUGUUCACACUUUGAAAUUUGAGCCCUACUUAGCAGCUGUGCAUGAUAUGAGUUACCCCCGGCGAGAUUACUAAUUUCCCCUUUCAAGCUGCAAUGAUGUGAUUUGAAAGUCGACGAUUUUUUACAUAAUUAUUGUGUCCACAUCAGAUGCUUGCGUUUCUGAGUCCAUGCACUCUAGAAUUAGUCCUGCUUUUGAAAAAGUUUCUCAUUGAUUAUUUAAAAAUUGGAAAAGCUGUUCUCUUGUGGCUCAGCUCAUGUUGAAUUUAAUAAAUGGCUGUUGUGGCUCUUGCUGAACUUAAUGCAGCGAGGGUCGUUUGUUCAUCAAUAUUUUUUUUUUUUUUUCACAGAGGACCCAAACGUUUUUAUUAUCCCAAGCAAGGACGUCUUCCAGGUGAAGCUGGGGGCACUGUGGAAUGUAACAUGCAAAGCCACAGGAAACCCAAUGCCAUUUGUGCAUUGGAGAAAAGAAAAAACACAAGAGGAUGUCACUCCAAAACGCCGUGCCCCUGAAGUUGUGAUGCUAACCAUAUCACCCGUUACUGAGGCCGAUUUGGGAAACUACACUUGUGUGGCAGAAAAUUCCCAGGACGUUGCGACUGCGCAUGUCAAGCUAGGUGAGCCAGCUAUCUUAAGACCCUGAGUAUUGAUCCGGCUUGAGAAUCUAACUCACGACCUCCAGCUCUGCAGUCAAGCGCUCUACCGUCUGACCUAACUCUUCCUUUAGUCUCCUUCACAGCCAUUUUUGAGACACUACGCACGUCAGGAGCGUUGCGCGAUGGCACUGAAAACGGCUGCAAUGAAGACUAUUGAGGCCUGUAUCUGAAAUUAAAGAUUUGCCGUCUAUUUUAACAUAAGAAAUGACUGCGGGGUUAAAGCUUUUGACUGAAAAGUUUCUCGGUGUCUUUAUGUGAGAAACAGUACAUGAGUGAUACCAAGAGCCAUAUUAUGGCUCUUGGUAAUACCCAUUAUUGCAGUUAGUUUUAUUGUUGUUACUUUGAUGGCCUUUACUUUCACUACUCUUGUAACUCAGAGGAAGUUCACGUGGACCAUAUAACCAGAAGGUCGAAAAAUGUGGCACAAUGAUCAAAAAGAGAUGAUGAAUUUUAAGCGUGGUGAAUACAUGGUAAAGAUGUUUUCUAGUCCGCAGUGGACACAGGCGGCGUGGAAGGAAAAAUUGGAGUACUCCCAACAGUUCAGAGGUUUGAAGCCUGUUGAAAACGUGAGAGUAUUCGUAAGGUUUCCUGCCAGCCGCCUUUGUUACUGAACGAAAUAGAACGACAUCUUUCUCAAAAGAAUUGGCCUUUUUAUUACUUUAUUACUUUUGAUUGUGGGCCAUCUUAACAAUCCUUGUGCAACAUACUGCUGAUAUAAUGCCAGCCGAAAUUUCCCCCCAUAUGUACUGAAGGAAUGGGUGAUAUCAUCUUUAAUGUUUUACAGCACUCAGCAACUUUUCAGAAGUAUCUGCAACGGGAGGUCUUAGUAAGGAAGCCACUGUUGCCCUUUCCGUAGUUGGAGCAAUCGUGUUGCUCUGUAUCGUCCUGGCCUUCACCUUCUGUUGCUUUAUUCGUCGUCAACAAAAGCAGAUUGCGGGGUAUCGUAGCCAGUUUUUUGUGCAACACUCAAAGGAAUACCAGGUAAAUAUCCGCCCAAAAGUGAACAUUCAAACCUGUAUUAGGCGGUCACCGCUGGGGAAUAGCUUACUGACAGCUUUGACAAGCGUAAAAGUUAUCCAAUGAAGGUGGUCAAAGAGCGAAGUAUCACCCACGACAAAUUGACCUCAAACGGUUUACCAGUAUCUGUUUACCAGUUUCUACCACUCCUUGUGCCAAAAUGAAUAAGGAAGUAAAAUACCACUAAACGACACACAGUGUAUCUGUUGCACAAGUACGGUACAUCUUGUCCAAGUGACCGUUUAAUACAGGGGUGCUUACCAUUUGACAAAAAAAUCCGGUUGGGAUGUCGAAAGCAUAAUGGUAAGCGAUUUAUUAGUUUACCGCAGAAUUGCCACAUCCGUUACGGUUUGAAUCCAAAAAAGGGGCGAGUUUGUGUAGUGUGAGUCUGGAACCGAGAAAUUGGUAAAUGGUAAGCAACAUUCCGUUUGGCUCGUACCAACCGGAAUGAAAGGACUACCUCAAAACGUACUCCUCAAUUUUCGGUUGGAAUUUCCGAAAAGUGACCUUACCAUUUACCUUCCAUCCGGAAUUUCCGAAAUUUUAUUUCAAAUGGUAAGCACCCCAGGUGAAGACAAUAAAAAAUACCGUAAAAUUCCGAAAAUAAGCUCCGGGGCUUAUUUUUUUUCAAACGCCCUUUUUGAGGGGCCUAUUAUUGGAGGCGCAUAUAUUCGGAGGGGCUUAUUUACAGAGGGAAAUUUGCGUUUCAGAGCUUUAUAGUUGGAAGGAAAUUUACCGUUUUUGUUUUGUUUUACUUUGUAUUUGAGGGCAAUUUCCAAGUACAAGCCACCGGGGGGCUUAUAUUUGGAGGGGCGGUUCAACGGAGGGUUUUUUUUGCGUUACCGGUUUGGGGGGCUUAUAUUUGGAGGCGCUUAUUUUCGGAAUUUUACGGCAACUUGUUGGGAUGUUGUAAAAUAUAAUGAACAUAGUGUUAAAACAUUCAUUGUCUUGUUUUAGAUUGAUCCUAAUCGCACACUGCUUGAACAAUGUAAUGAUCUUCCUUAUGACCCUGAUUUCGAGUUUCCUGAGGACAAGCUCAUUCUUGGGGAGAUGCUGGGAUCAGGGGCCUUUGGAAAGGUCAUUAAAGCAGAGGCCAUAGGAAUAGACGACUUUAGUCCCAGAGACAAAAGUCCAGUAAAAGGGGGACCGCGACUCAGUCUGCUCCGGCGAUACGUAAACCGCAGUAAAACGUACCACGAUUCGAGAGUUAGCACUUCUAAGAAGACCACUGUUGCUGUAAAGACCCUUAAAGGUAACGUAAUAAAGUUUUUUGGCACUUAAUGCCGUUAAGAAAUAUCGACUGAAACGUCUUUUAAAUUGAAUUUCCUGCUGGGGGUGGUGGAAGGGAGAAAUGAACUUGGCUGGUAGUAACCUAAACAUCGACUUGGAGACGAGAAUGAGGCGGGGGAGGGGAUUCUGAGUACAUUACUGAGAGAAUUUAUGAUCAGCUAGAGAUCAACGAAGCUGGGGAUUGAAAGUUGCUUUUUUUGGAGCGGGGGUGGGGGGGGGGGGGUAUCAGACUUCACAUCGACAGGUUUACAGGGUCAAAGGUGUCACCCUUUUUCGAUUGACAGAGCUUUCACAGGGCCAAAUCAGUGCCCCUCUCUCAGUUUACAGACUUUUUACAAGGUUAUUUACAGGUUCAAAGGAAGCUCUCCUCUGUAAUUUACAUGUUGUUUAAUGAUAUAAUCUUCUAUCCAAUUACUGAUUGCCUUUUAAAAAGGUUACAGCGCAUCCAGUUUGCGGCAGCCAGUUUUGUUUUUGGACGCUAUGUGAACAAUAUUGACUCUAUUCUUAAGUUAGGGUGGUUGCCUAUGAAAGAACGUAGAGAAUGGCACGUUCUAAAGGCCGCGCACAAAGCUAUAUACUCUCAUUAUUGGCCCAGAAACCUUCAGCUUGAGCAAGUACGACAUGCCAGAAAUUUACGGUCAUCAAGUACCAUAAAUCUAGUUAUUCCCCACGCCUCGGACACUUCUCAGUAUAGCGCGGCAGCCCUCUUCAAUUCUCUGCCAUCCAAUGUUAAAUGUUGUGAUAAUUUUAAAUUCUUCACUAAGCAAACAUUAUGUAUGGAGACGAGAAUGAGGCGGGGGAGGGGAUUCUGAGUACAUUACUGAGAGAAUUUAUGAUCAGCUAAAGAUUAACGAAGCUGGAGGUUGAAAGUUGCUUUUUUUGGAGGGGCGGGGGGAGGGUAUCAGACUUCACAUCGACAGGUUUCACCCUUUUUCAAUUGACAAAGCUUUCACAGGGUCAAAUCAGUGCCCCUCUCUCAGUUUACAGACUUUUUACAAGGUUGUUUACAGGUUCAAGAAAGCUCUCUUCUGUAAUUUACAUGUUGUUUACAGUAUUCCUGCAACGUUUAUUUACAUGCUAUUUACAUUUGUGCACUGCAGAGGGAGCUACUAUAGAGGAGUAUAGAGACCUGGCUUCAGAGCUGAAAAUUCUUAUGCACGUUGGAGUACACACAAAUAUUGUAAACCUUCUCGGUGCUUGUAUCAAGCGCGAUGGUAUCCUUGUUAUUCUGGAAUAUGCACCACAUGGGAGUUUACUAAAGUUUUUACGAGGCAAGCGAGAUGUUUAUGAAGCAACCUGGUCUACGACUACCAGUGACCCAGAAAUACGGUUAGAUAUAUCAGAUCUAGUGGGGUAUGCCUUCCAAAUAUCCCGUGGAAUGGAAUACCUGGCGUCUAAAAAGGUAAAAGACCUAACCACUUUUCUCAAACAAAAUCAGACGCCCUCAUUUAUUUGAAUGUUAUUUGCGCGCACUUGUUCUCUGGCCGUUUUCGUGAUCUUAUUCGUUAAUUUGACUGACAGUCUGGGCUUAUUGUUUUGCGCCGAGUUAAAUGUAAUUAUUCUCGCGAAGCGCAAGUACCGCGCGUGGUCUUAGCGACCUGCAAUAUACAGCUAUUUCGAGAAAGAUUGUCGGAAAAAGUGCACGCGACAAUCCCGAAAGGUCUUGUGGGUGGUUUUGGGUUCACUGUUCUUCAAAGACUUUUGGGAAGAAUGGCACAAAAAGCCAUAAACGUAUGUUGCACAUGCUAUAAAAGGAAAGCAACAAGAGAAGAUUCGCCAGAGAUACUGGAUCAUUAUAUGUUUCUGGGAAACUGCCCACCUACCCCUCCCCUAAGCCAACAUUAACACUUUGUUCUCACUUAGGGCAAAAUGUUGGCUUAGGGAAGGGGUAGGUGAGCAGAUUCACAGAAACGUAUGAUUAAACUCUCAUAAAUUUCGGAUCAUGAGGCCCCAUUUAAGGGGAAAACAAAAACUAAAAAUUUAAUGGCAACACACAAACCUUAAUUAAACCAUUCUCCUAGUAACACUCUAAGAAAUAGUCCAGUUUUUAACAGAUGAUUUGUUUCUUGGUUAGCUGGGCAGUUACUCACUCGAGUCUUAACUGUUACAAAUUAGGUAACCUAUUUAACGAUCACAUGUACACCACCUGGGACGCAAUGCCAAUAAGGCCAAGAAAAGAUAUCCUAUUUAUUUUAAGGAUGGAGGCCUUUAAAAACCAUACCCUAUCUGGCGGCAUGUACCUAUCUAGCCUAUAUAUGGCAGAACUCCUCCCCCGGUUUUUUGUUUUGUGGUGACAAUUGAGUGUUUGAGAUAACCAAAAAUGACCUAAUUGACGCCCCAUUCCAAAGUCCGGGCAUGCGUAGAAGGAAAAUGUUUGGGGUUUAAUUUUGUUGUUGUUUUCUUUCUUAUUUGUUUGUUUAUUUAUUUACCUUUUUUCUUUUUUUGCCUGCCUAUUCGACUAGUGUAUUCACCGAGAUUUGGCAGCCAGAAACGUCCUCGUGGGAGAAGACUACGUUAUGAAGAUCGCUGACUUUGGUCUCGCGCGCGAUAUUUACAAGAGUGACUUGUAUGUGAAGACAACAAGUGGUGUAUUGCCAAUCAAGUGGAUGGCUCUGGAAUCGUUGUUUCAGAAGGAGUACUCAGAGAAGAGUGAUGUGUAAGUACAAGUAACAUACCAAAAGUGUUGAAGGGGUAUGUGUAUUGAGGCAACUAAUAUAUUGCGCAAUCAAGCGUUUUUUCAGGGCGCCACGCAACUCUUUACAAGGCCUCACUGUAUUGGUUGUGAAAACAAUAGACAUAGAAAUAUAAAAAUGAAUCUAUCCGUAAAACAAUGGAGCUGCGUUUUAUGGAGAACCAAUGAAAUUAGAGGUUUUGCGUGCUAUCUGUUUUUUUUCGCCCCAUGUAAGGAAAUUCAAGACAGUUUUGGAUUCUAGAUACCGGAUUCUAGUUAGUGGAUUCCAAGCUUUGAAGCAUGGAUUCUGGCUUUCAAUCGUUAGUGGGAUUCCGGGUUCAUUGAGCUAUAUUCGGGACACCAAAGCCCAGGAUUCCAGAUACCACAAGCACAAUUUUUCCCGUAUUCCGGAAUCCACAAGCAACAAAUUUCCCGGAUUCCGGAUUCCACAAGCAACAUAUUUCCCCGAUUCUCGAAUCCACAAGCAACAAAUUUCCCGGAUUCUGGAAUCCACAAGCAACAAAUUUCCCGGAUUCCGGAUUUCACAAGCAACAAAUUUCCUAGAUUCUGGAAUCCACAAGCAACAAAUUUCCCGGAUUCCGGAUUCCACGAGCAACAAAUUUCCCAGAUUCUGAAAUCCACGAACAACAAAUUUCCCGGAUUCCACGAGCAACAAAUUUCCCAGAUUCUGGAUUCCACAAGCCACAAAUUUCCCGGAUUCUGGAAUCCACAAGCAACAAAUUUCCUGGAUUCCGGAUUUCACAAGCAACAAAUUUCCCAGAUUCUGGAAUCCACAAGCAACAAAUUUCCCGGAUUCCGGAUUCCUCAUGCAACAAAUUUCCCAGAUUCUGGAUUCCACAAGCAACAAAUUACCCGGAUUCCGGAUUCUGGAAUCCACCAGCAACAAAUUUCCCGGAUUCUUGAAUCCGGAAUCCGGAUUCCUUACAUGUGGCGAGUUUUUUUAAGUUCUCAAAUUUGCACUCGACUCGUGCCUAUGAAUCACGAAAUGCACUCGCGUUCAUGCGCUUUUUAUAGUACGCGAGAAAGAAAAAAAAACUGUUGAUCCUUGAUUUACUUUGCAUGCCUGCUUUCAGUCCGCUGUACUAGAGUUAAGAAGCGGCUUAAUCAUCUGUUUCCAAAUGCAGUCUUAUUCCCUUUCUUCUGCUUAGAGAGUUUGUCUUAAACUUUGGGGUUUAACUUUGUAGAUGGUCUUUUGGUAUUUUAUUGUGGGAGAUCUUUACACUUGGCGGGACACCGUAUCCCACCUUACCUAUGGAAUGUCUCCUCGACUUUCUCUGUGAUGGAAAGCGUAUGGAAAACCCUCAAAACUGCCCCAUGGAGAUUUAUAACAUUAUGCAGGAUUGCUGGCUGGAGGAUCGGGAUAAGCGACCACAAUUUGCUCAGAUCAGCAUUUUGAUUGGCAAAAUACUCGAGCAACGUGCUUCCCAGGUGAGUCCUUUCAGUCCAGAAGAAUGGUGAAAUAAUUGUGGAGUUUGUGUAGGUAAUAGCAUGAUUUGUGGUGAUAUUUGGCAUAAAUACCACGGAUGAUAUUUCAAAGUUGUUAUACGUAAUUUCACGAGCCGUUAGGCGUGUGAAAUUUGAGACGAUUUUGAAAUAUCACAAGUGGUAUUUAUGCCAAAUAUCACGUACAAAUCAUGCUAUUAUUUGUUUAUACAACUACCCACAAAAGGUUUGUAAUUUUGACAUGUAGGUAUUUCAAAUUAUGCUGAAAUACCACUGCUCUAAGCCAAUCGAAUUGCAGAAAUUUGUCAUGUAGUAGUAUAAAUGGUUAAAGCACCAAAUUUGGCACAAUGAUAGUUUACGACACAGUAGACAAUAUUGGUUAUGAACCCCUUCUAGAUCUAUCCCAUAAUUCCAAACACAUCAUACUUUGGGGUCACAUGGAGAUUCUUUGAGUUAAUUUAUAAACACCUCACGCUCCGCUAUUAAAACAUGAAGAUUUGAGGGAAAUAAAACAGUCGAACCUCUCGGUACGGACACCUGACCGUUACGGAUAGUUUCCAAUGUCCCGACAAACACGGACUCUCUCUAAUGCGGCAACGGACACUAAAUCUCUGCCCAGAGAGUAAAUUCAGAUAAACUGAACUUAACCUCUAUAUUACGGACACUGCGGUGAUCAGGUGAAUCCCUAAUCCCCGAUCGGGUGAAUCUGCCCAGGGUGAAUCCCGUCUAGUCUGGCUGAUGAGGCACAAGCUGAUGCAAACAUGAUAUAAAGCCUAGUCGCUGUAUACCAAACAACGAUUUGCGAAAGGUGUACAGAAGAACAUAACCGACUUUUUGAAGGCUUUAAUAACUACAGAUACCAUAAAGAUCUUUUCUAUUACAUUUUGUUCUCUAGUUACUGUUUAUUGAACUUGCAAAAUAGCGAAAGACGCUUUCAGAAUUGUCAGUUAACGUUGCAACUCUUUACAUGCAGCAUUGCGCUGUAGCUCGUUUCGUUUUAAAACAGUAAUUUGUCUGUAGCUGAGAUGUACAAUGUUGUAUACCACUGAAAGACAGUGUCUUUGUACUGUGAAUUAAUAACUUUAAAUGCAGUUUAAAGACGAGUGUGAGCAUGGUUUUAGGUACUGAACACUUUAAACUUCAAGUGGAGUCGUAAAAGUGACGUGAUCAUAGUGACCUCUUUUAUACGUACACCUUUCUAAUACAAUAACUUCGUUCUGUCCCUUCGGUGUCCGUAUUAGAGAGGUUCGACUGUAUAUAGUUUUUCGAGGGACCACUUGUUUUACUUUCCUUAAAAGGUGGCUUACUACAAUUUUCGGAUACGUCAUGGUACGGGAUAAUAAAACAUUACCUGAGUGUGAAUAGUACAGCAAAAGUUCCUGAAAUAUAUGCGUGGAUAUCGAUCAGUAUUCAAGAUAGGCUAUAUUUCCGCUGCUCUCUCGGGUCAGGGCGGGCUCAUUUCCCGAACAGUGGCUAGUAAUCGAUCCUAUUCUCAGAAUGGAUCAGUAAAUAUACUAGCCUGCGAGCAAGCUGUCCGGGGCGCCCUGUCGGCGGGGCGGGAAAGGGAAGGAGAGCUUGCAACUACGUUUCUGGAAUUUGAAUAUCUGCAUCGAAAAAGUCGAUGCGAAAUGCUGAUUGGCGGAGAUGACAUUAGUAAUGACGUCAUUACCCUUGGUACGUGUUUUUCAAUGUUGUUUACGUUCGCUUUCGUUUCCCCUUCGCUCUGAUUGGCGGAAAUCUGAAAAUGCUCAGUCGACGGGGAGCCGCAGGGGAAUUGUAGGUGGAAUUCAAAUUGCAAGCUGUCCUUCCUUUACCCGCCCCACCGCCAGGAUGCCCCGAAGAGCUGCUCGCAGGCAGGGUUGUCUGUGAUGUACUGUUAUUCUUUUGGCCUCGUCAAUUUCUCAAUUCUUGGUCGACUGUAGUUUGUAUAUCUCUAAGAAACUUCUAACCUCUGUUACAAUAAUGUUAGGAGUAAGUAAUGCGACAAGUGGUUGCACAAACAGUUUGUGUAGGCUACCGCAUACGCAAAUGCACCGUUGUUCUUUUAACGGUUGUCAUGUGUCGUCAUUUGCCAGUGUUUAAAUGCAGCGUAUCAAUCAGGCACCUGCGGAGCUAUCGGUAAUUUCCUCAACAUAAAAAGUUUUUUUAAGAGAAAAUAGGGGAAGGAACGUUUGGGAUUUUCUGUGUAAUUCUUGUCUGCUUUAUGCACUGAGGUAUGGGUGUUAUGGAAACUGGGCGUCUUUUUUUCUCAACAGAGGGUUGCAUCCGGGUACCUUAAGUUAACAGAAGAUAACAACUAUGGCAGACACGAUUACUACCUUGAUCCGGUUGAUUCAGACUCAACAAUUCCUCUGACGAGAGCAGUUGUUUAUGACAGGUUAGUACGUUGAGAACUUUAGAUUCGAGUACGAGAUUUGGCAUCAAAUUUUUUUCGCAUGAUCGUAAAAAAUGGACACCCCGGAAAGUUUCAUAGUACUUUUUUGCACCAGAAAAGUUAGCACUGUUAUCUGUUAUUGAAAGUCUGAGGUUAAGCCCCCUCCCGGUCGUAAAAUCAGAAAAGCUCUAACAUUUAAUAGCUCGUUUCCGCCACCACGACAUUCUUGCAAAACCUCGUAGUAAAGUGACGACGUCUAUCACGUUUUCCCGCCAAAAUUACGCUGGUUCACGCGCGAGCACUCCUUAGUAUUGAGAACAUCUCGUGCUCAUAGUUGUACUCGUCUUAGAAUCUAAUGGUCUCUCUUCUUUCGAAUGAGUAUCCAGCUGUUAAUUAAACUCCAAUGAGCCAAAUGCGGGUUAGAAGACGGGUAGGUCGCGGCAAAAGUGGGCGCUUAUGAACCUUCUCCCUUAAGGAACCAAAGAAGCCUAGCUAUGAGGUUUCUUCAGUUGCAAAGAGUGUGGUGAUAGGGCAAAAUAACAAUAAGAACUGUGUUCUGAACUAUGUUUUAACUGUAGGCGAUCAAGCCAAAAUCCGUUGCCUCCAAUACCACGGGACAUGGAAAAUCAGCCCGAACCGGAAUCAGACGAGAGACAGCAGAUGCUGGAACCAGAAGAUAACGGUACUUUGUCGGGGAAUGAGAGCGGUAUAGAACUGGAAGAAACUGGAGUUGAGCAGGAUGAGGCCGUGGAACUGAGACCUAUUGCUCACUCUACAGGAAAGGCGAGAGACUCCAGUUAUAGAAAUACACUCGUCUGAACCGAAUGUUAAUCUAUUCCUAGGUUUUUACAAUCUUUUUAAUUUUUACAUGUAAGUCUGUGGACAUAUUCUUAGUGUGACCAUUCAAGUGAAGCCUUUUUGGCAUUGAUUUUCCAUGAAGCGUUUCGUCACAGGCCUACCAUACUCUUUGUAUCCUACUCUGUGCAUUUAGGGCCCGUUUUGCUACCCUGAGAACAAAUAACUUUCUCGCCUGCGGCGGGAUCCUUCGGUCUCGGGCGCAGGCUGAUAGAUCUUCGGGCCGAAACCGGAAACCGCGCAUGAAAAAGUCUCUGGCACCCAGGGUGCACGUAUCCUUAUUGUUAAACCUUUUAUCUACACGUCCGUUAAAAAUGUUCACCGAAAACCCCAUAUUCAACGCUUGUCAGAUGGGGAAAUUUUUAAAAACACUGGUUUCUCGUAGUCGAGGUGCAUCAUGAUCUAUGUGAAAAUGGUGAAUAUAAGAUAUAUGAGGGGUAUUACAAUUGUAUAUUCAGAGGAUUUUAUCAUGUUGAUUAUUUAAGUAAUACACCACACUCUCUAUGGGUCUACCGGCGUCAUAAGCUACGCGGGAUGUUGGGAGAACACGAGAAAAGCUUGUAAAUCGCGAGCCGAAGGCAGGUGAUUUACAUGCUUUUCGAGUGUUCUCCCAACAUCCUAAGUGGGAUAUCACUCCGGUAACCCGUAGAAAGUGUGGUACCGGCCAUGGGUUUUUAACCAAUCAGAACGCGUGCCCUGUCUUAGUUAUUUUAUAGAUUAGAAUAUGCCCCAUGAGGAAGUAUUAUAGAAAGGCUGUGUAAGAAAACUCCUUAGGAUGGGAGUAAAAAAUUGCAACGAUCAAGUGUAUUGCAUAUUAUAGUAUUACAUGUUCAGCGUGUGACGCCAUGCGUCACAAUAAUAAAACUAGUCGUGCGACUGUUCUAUUUAAUAUUAGAUUUAUAUCAAGUCGAAUUUUUGAAAACGUUACUCCAAAUAAACCUUUCGCAUCCAAUAGUUUUUAUCGGCCAACAACAAUCUCCAGAGGAGUCAUUUUAAAAACUAAGAAUGCAACCAUUGCUUUUUCUCUCGUCACCUCCUUUCUUCCUCCUCGCUCUUUCUUUUUCUCCUUUCCUUUUUGUUUGUUAGUGUGAUUUUGGAGCUUAUCGGGCCCCAAAAGCCUGCCUUUUGACGCCUUUUCACUCCAAUGACUGCAAAUUUCGUUAGGUUGGUUUUUCAAUAGUCGGCUAGGUAUAAUCUUUAUGUAAUCAGAAACGAAUGUUUUAUCCACUAAAUACCCGCGUUAGAAGAAAUUGCGCGUUCAGAUUUCCAGGCUGAAUUUCAUAGGUAUAAGAGCUAUUCUCCGUUCUACUUAUGAGCCAUGAGCGCUUUUACCGUAGCAAACUGUAAAAAAGGUAAUUUACGCCAGUCUCCUUGUAC